AUGCCUCUGCUCAUCGCAGGCUUCUUCGUUUUGCAGCUCGACCGCGGAAACAUCGGCAAUGCCCUCACAGACUUCUUCCUCCCCGAAGUGGGCAUCACUCAAUUCCAGUUCAAUAUUGGAAAUCAGCUCCUCAGCCUGGGAAUCGUAUUGCUAGAGCUGCCGAGCAACCUCGUUCUCUAUCGCUUGGGUCCUCAAAAGUGGAUUAGCUGUCAAAUCCUUUGCUGGGGCUUGGUCGCUACCUUGCAAGCAUUCAUCAAAGGAAAAGGUGUUGGCGCAUAUUAUGCUACUAGACUGUUACUCGGCCUUUUGGAAGCCGGUUUCAUUCCUGCUGGUUUGUACACUCUGACGCAGUGGUACAAACGCAACGAGACUAGUAGACGCUUUACCGCCUUCUUCCUUGGUAAUAUGAUUGCUUCGGCGGCCAGUGGUCUCAUUGCCUAUGGUAUCCUUCAGAUGAGAGGUAUAUCCGGUCUUUCUGGCUGGCAGUGGAUGUUCCUUCUUGAGGGGAUCAUCACAAUAGUUAUCGGUAUUAUUUUCGCCUUCCUCAUGCCGAACUCUCCUGCGAACCCGUCAAAUAUCUUUGGUCACCUGUACUUCACUCCAAGAGAAAUUCACAUCCUUACCAACCGUGUUAUCAUUGACAAUCCUACCCAAGGCUCAAGACACAAAUAUGUCAAGUGGGUGGACAUCAAGUCCGCGUUCUCCAGGUGGUGUAUUUACCCGCAGCUGACUGUUAGCUUCUGCUGCAUCGCCAUUAUCUCGCCACUCGGAACAUACCAGCCUUCCAUCAUUGCAAGCUACGGCUAUGAUCGCCUUCAAGCAAACGCACUGUCAUCUGUUGGCGGCUGGAUUGUCAUCGCGCUCAAUCUGUCAUUUGGAUGGAUUGCAGACAAAACCCAGAGACGAGGUCUCCUAGUUCUUCUCGCCACUAUCCUGAGUUUCGCAUUCUGUCUCGCUACUAGACAACUGGCCACAAGCACGAAUCGCGAUCUCAAAUAUGGCAUCCUUACCUGCACAACACUCUGGGGAUCCGCCGCCCAUCCUUUGAAUGGUUCCUGGCUUGCCGUCAACAUUCGGAAUCCUGCAGAACGGUCCAUCACCAUGGCUCUCCUUAUUAUGACUGCCAACGCAGCUGGUUUGGCAGGUGCUCAAAUCUUCCAAGCACAUGAUGCGCCGCUCUACAGAACAGGGUUCACGGUCAUUCUCACCCUAGCAUCUAUUGCCCUGGUAUUUGCCAUUGUGUCCAAUACGCAGUAUCUAUGGCUCAACAAGAAACUUGCGGCUAAGACACAGUCAGAAGACGGUCAUGUUGAAGCGGCAGCUGAAGGAGAUAAAUGGCGGUUCUCGCUUUAA